AUGAACUUCCACCGCCUGGCAUUAUUCGCUACCAGGCACGAUCAGGUCCUCAUCUUCCCCGACAAGUGGACGGAAGGAAACUCGAAAGAGGCCAAAGCCAUCAAGAAAAUCAAGCAGGAACUUCCCGACCUGGUUCUACGGCCCUUCGGCCUCCUUUCCACCCACAAAGGCAGUGCGACAUGGGCCAAGAGUAUCAACAAGCUCCACGCCUUUGACUUGACCGACUACACGCGCGUCCUGGUCUUCGACUCUGACUCGCAAGUCCUCAAGAGCAUGGAUCACUACUUCCUCGCCCCGAUGGCUGCCGUCGCCGUCCCACGCGCCUACUGGUUGAAUAAAAAGGACACGCCCGUUGUCAAGCAGGUCCUCGGCUCCCAUGUCAUGCUCAUAGAGCCAAACAAGGCGCGCUACAAGAAAAUCAUCAAGGAGGCGCGUAGGUCUGGCGACGUCGACAUGGAUGUCAUGAACCGCAUGUUCAAGGACUCAGCCAUGAUCCUACCGCAUCGACGACUUGCGCUCAUCACAGGAGAGUUCCGCGGCAAGGACCACACGAAAUACCUCGCACCCGACGACGAUGAGGAAUGGAACGCCAUGGAAGAGAUCUCGAGGUCCUACUUGGUCCACUUCAGCGACUGGCCGCUGCCGAAGCCCUGGAUGCCGCGUACAAACGCCGAGUGGCAGGCCGCCUUGCCCGAAUGCCCUAAGGAGGAUGAAGACAAGCCGGAUCGCCCGCGAUGCGCUGACCGGACAGUGUGGACAGGCAUCUACAACGAUUUCAAGGACGACAGAGAGACGUACUGCAGAGCUUGGAUAUAA